UGGAUGGACGGUAUGGAGGAAAUCUGGUACAGACAGUUGCAUCGGGCGAUUGUCAGACAUCAGUGUCAAAUGGUUGUUAUAGACAGCUAUAAUGAGUAUGUAGAUAAUGAUUCACACAAUCGCAGUCUGUUUGAACAGGGAUCAGUUGUUAUUGUCGAAGACCAACUCCAUAUGAAUAUCCCAUACGAUCAGUGCGAUGAUAGUGCCGUAUUUCUGAAGGAUAUAAGACAACUAAUGGAUUGGAAAAUGUUUUGCCAGACAUUUAUCAAAGACGAGUCAAUGAAACAAAAAGUGAUGGAUUAUGAAAAUCCGGUCGUGUUUUUAGGCGCACACGAAUCCGACUACAAUACCAGUGCCUGGUGUCUGCUAAUUGAAAAAAGAGCCACCGAAACGGUUACCGAUUUUAACCGAUCAAAAAAAGAAUUUCAGGUGACAUAUGGUCGCCAAUGUGUUUUGGAGGUACCCGAAGGCGGCUAUAUAAUGGCAGUCGAGGAAUGGAGGGACGGUAUGGACGAAAUCUGGUACCGACACCGUUACGAACAGUUGCAUCGGGCGAUUGUCAGACAUCAGAUGCCUCAUUCAAUCAUAUAUAUUCGUCCACGAAAUUUUCGAUUGCCGCCACAAGUAGGUGAUUGGCUCAACAAAAUUAUAUUGAAUACCAGUGCAAAACAUCCGGCCGGACGUCAACUGUCAAUUAGUAUCUAUACAAAUGAGAUCCGUGAAGCAUACAGACAACUGUACGAACGGUUAUCGACGCCUUAUAUAAUUUUCAAAGAUCAUGUUAUUCGGCCAAAAGAGUUCAACUUUAGGCAAUUUGUUGGCCAACAUGUCGACAGACAAUUGGCCGAUAGUUACUGCAAAUCAGUGUCGCCCGCCUAUCCACCGGUCAAGGUUACCGAUCCGGAUGGCAGUCAUCGGCUGUUUUAUUUGCCACAAAAACUUCUAUUCGACGCUCAGUUAGAUUCGGGUGUCGAACAAAUCAAAUGCAAUUUGUUGACAGUCUUCAAAAAGUAUGACUUCGAUAAGCAAACCUAUUGUACAGUUGGCGGCAAAACUCAUAUCAAUACUAAUAACCCGAAAGUAAUAUUAAAAUUAAUAAAAACAAAAGCCGAGUUCAAUGAAUAUCAAUGGAAAUGGUUGGACAAUCCGUUUGUCGACAAACAUCAGCUAUUGAAUCGCGAAGAGUAUCGGCUGGGAGUCGAUGGACACUACUAUCACAAAUGGUCGCCAGCAAACAACACGCAACAUAUCGGUAAAGUCCUAAGCGUUUACUAUGAGUUCACUGAGUUUGGAACCGAUCGGCCAAUUCAGGUCAACAUUCAGUCAAAAAGCGGCAAUUUUUUACCGCAAACCAAUCCAUUUCGAUGGAGAAAAGACUAUGAAUUGGAUCAACUGUUCCAAAAACGGCCAUUUCUUUUCAAUUGAAACUCCAUUUACGAGCACAGGUCCAUGUAUUAAUACAACUGUAGUUGGGGGUAAUCAUUUAGAUUGAUGCCCAAAACACCCGUC